AUGACGCAUGAGCCGAACCUGGAUGUUGCCCAGUUGGUACGAGACAACAAUCGGCAGGCGUCCAAGACGGGACAACUCCUUGGCAUGAAGGCUCAGGCGGUCAGAAACAUCAUGGAGCACUUUGACCGAGAGGCUCGGAAGCUUCUGAUAGACUACACGGUCAACGUUGGACAUGAGAACACUCCAUGGACCGAUGACAACCUUAGCUCCAAGAAGUGCCUACCGGGCUUCCAGUUCAAGUCCAACGCUGGGCCGGUGUGGCAGGCUCGUGGCAAGGUCAAGCACCAGAUCAACUCCCACCGCAAGAUCCCGGCCAAUCUCCGGAAGAAACUCGACAAAAAGCAAAUGGAGAGCCUUUCUGAGGAGGCCGCCUUUGUCGUGGCUGUGAAGGCCGAGGUCCUUCAGGCCAUGCCCGUGGAUCCAAAUGCGCUGCACACUGGCUGGGUUGAACUCUAUGAAAAUGGAGAUCCGGGCGUGGUCUUGGAAGUCCAGAGUGCAAUCAUGAACAGAAGUUGUCCAAACGUGUCCGAGAUUGCAACGCUCGCCAGCAUCAUGAACAAGCACACGGGCUCUACCCCCCUACCAUCAAAGGCUGUGAUGGAAAUGGAGAAGCUCGAGGCAGAGACCUUUGCAUUGAAAAUGAAACAGCUUGACUAUGACGUACAAGCUCUGAGGGUUUCGAGGGCCAAACGUACAUCGUGGCAGCUCCAAGUGCACCAUGCUAAGCUGCAAUACCGUGUGCAAACCUUCAAUGAAUCAAUCAAGGGCUCCAGGGUCAUCACCUUUGCAAACACGGACGAGCUUAUUCGCUCCAUCACAGCUUUCAUGGGAGAGAAAACUGCCCAACUGAAGCUUGAUGAGUCGGGAAAUGCUGCGCAGGCUGGGGCUGCAGCCUUCAUUCUCGGCCAGAGCGGACGCAAUGUUGGGAUGAUGCUUUGCCCAGAGUUCACCUACCGCAAGAAUGAGCUUUGGCUUCUGGAGCACGCGAUCACGAAAAUGCUUUGCCACAAAGGGGUUUCUUUGGACCGAUCUUUCACGCUUCAGUUCCAGAGCAAGGUUGACGCUAGAGACAAUGUUCGGCCCUUGAAUUAUCGUGGACGAUUCCUCGAGGGGGUCUCUGCUAAAUUGAAAGAAAAGGACUUUCUAUGGCGCAAUGCCCUGCUUUGGAAAGAAGGCCGCACCGAGUAUGCGACGCAAAUGUUGACAAAGGAUAUGGUGGCUGUUGAAGCAACAUUGGAGGAUUCAUCUACUGGUGCAGUCAUGGCAGCCCCUGAUUCCGAAGAGUACCUCUUUGGCGGCGCCCGCAAAGUUGAACAGGUCGGUCAGAAUGCCUGUGAGAAGUUGCUGCAAGGGAUGAUGAAGGACCUUUCCCUCACAGGCCGUUCGGGGGUCUUUGUCAUUGACUUGAACAUGAGCGUGGGGAACAUGUUCGAGGCCUUUGCCGCACUCAAGUCUACUUGGAACAUGCCAACUUACUAUGUGGGAUGCACGGACGAUCACGGAACUGCCGAGUGGUUUGAUCUACACAAGCAGGAGUGGCUUGCCCGCUUGCACAUGGAUGGUUCUUUGACCGUGCCUGGGUUUGCGAAGCCUGCCGAAGAAUGCCCUGCCGAUCUCCUUGAGAAAGAACCUGCACCACCACGGCUGAAUUUGCUGACGCCAAGACAGGACCUUUACCCCCUUAUCCCUGACGCACUGAUGAAGGACGGGUGUGCACAUAUAAAGUUUUACGUGUACAUAAUAUCAUAA